AUGAUGCCGACCAUGAGCUCGCACAUACCGGUACCUCAGCCUUCAUACACCCAGGCCAGGGAGAACCUGGUGAAGGCUAUCCCACCCAAGCUCCUCUGUUUGCUGGGCUGUGGAGGAAUAGACUGCCGCUAUGAAGGACCAGAGUGCUGGAAUCUAAAUCAACAGGUCAUUCGUGGUCUUUUCUCCUCCUGGGUGACAGAUGACAUUAUUGCCAUGACACGACCAUCCAAUCAUCUGAUUGAGAAGUACAACAUCAUAGAACAGUUUCACAGGUUGAACAUCAGAUCUAUCAUCAACAUGCAGGUGCACGGAGAGCAUGCUCACUGUGGACCACCCCUAGACCCUGAGAGUGGUUUCACAUACUCUCCGCAGAUCUUCAUGGAAAAUGACAUCUACUUUUACAACUUUGGGAUGCCAGAUUUCGGUGUGUCGUCUCUCGUCGGUAUAAUUGAUGGGGUGAAGGUUUUGGCCUUUGCAGUGAAGGAAGGAAGAGUGGCUGUGCACUGCCACGCAGGCCUCGGCAGGACAGGUGUCCUGAUAGCCUGUUACUUGAUCUACACCCUGCGCAUCAGCCCAAGUGAGGCCGUCCACUAUGUGCGCGUUAAACGGCCUCGCUCUAUUCAAACCCGGGCACAGAUCAGCCAGGUGUUUGACUUUGCUCGCCUGCUUGGUACACAGCUGGUCCAAUACCCAGACCUCAGCCUGCGGCAUGGAACCCCUUUUACCCUGCAGCACUACCUUAACCGACAGACUCUACUGCUGCAUGGCCAGGAGGCACGCACCCUCAGACAUACACCCAAGGUGGUGUACCUUCUGUGUAUGCGUCUCUCCUGCUUAGCCCUGGGCCUCCCUGCUCCUCCAGAGGUCCACGAUGAACUGGAGAAGAGGUCAGCACUGAGGACCCUGAGCACAACUGUGAGGGAGACCCUGGUGGCCAAACACUACUUGCCCCUACUAAGAGAGGGUCGUAAGGGCUCGUGGGUAGGCUCGGGGUCAGUAUCCUCCUGGGAAGAGCCACUGGGAUUUUUGGAGAGGAAGAGAGAGGUGCUGCUGGACAAACGCAGCUACAGCGACUCUGACCUCAGCAAGAUCACAGUAAAUGAUCUGGAGUUCAGUCCAUACUGCACCCCAGCAGUUGGAAAUGAGAGAAACUGGUGUGUACAGGAUCUGAUGCGACCUGAUCUGAGGCCAGUCAGUUCAAUCCUUGCCACACUUUCACCAGGCCACCAGACCACCAAAAACGAAUAUUAUACAUUCAACAUCCCAAUAUCUGGCAUGAGGACAGGCAACAACCGUGCAAAGAGGUUCAAGUGCCCAGCUAAAAAGCCACUUCCCAAAUACAGCUCCAACAUUGAGUUGUGCAGAAAUCCACAUAAUCCAGGCCCAACCUCAGUCGCCCGUGCUGUUGCUAAGGCAAUGGCAGACCAAGGUCCUCCAGGAGAAACCAUUCUGCAAAGGUCGGCACUGCUGCAGGAGGAGCUGAACAGUAGCGAGUGUGGCUGGGCUCUGCUGGUCACAGAGUCAGAUCCUCAUGUCCUCAGUUGUCUGUUGUGGACCUGGCUGGACAAGUUAAGGGAGCCUGUUCUGAGUGUAGAGGAUGUAGACAGGUUGAGUUGUGGAGCAAACAGCAGGAUGCCUCUCAGUGUGCUCAGGAAGCCACAGAGACACACCAUCUAUUGUCUGCUAAGAUGUGUGAGUACGGUGACUAGCCUGUGUCCGCACAGAGAGGACGCAGUGCUGCAACGACUGAUGCAGAAGCUUACAAGGUGCCCCCAAGAGGAAAUGGGAAGCCUUGCAGCUUUGAUGAAGGUCCUGAAAACUAGUUUAAGAGAAGUCUUUCACAACUACAGAUACCUCUCGAGGUCCUGCAGCACCAAUGCUACACUUUGAAGAGCGGCGUCCACAACAGCGGAACAGCAGCAGCUUUUUUAUUUUAAAAGAUGUGGUAUUUGGGCACCUGACUUUGGG